ACGUGGUUGGCUGUAGUUCAUGGUGAUACAAUAACAGUAUCAAAAAACGCUAGCGUGAGUGACCAUUUGUUGAGACCGUCAGUGAAAGCGGUUACACGCCUACUCAGGAAAUCAGAUAAUUCAUUAAUACUCUACAGUCAGAUGUUACAUUAUUCCACCGUGGAUUAUUUAGCCCGUGAUCCCUCCGCAGGAGUCAGACGCCUCCUCAGUGUUUUUAGCGAAAUGAUGAAGUAACGUUAGUUUCUGUGACACCCUGAGAUCCGGAGCUGAUCGCCAACUACAGUAUGCUAUUUACUGGAAACAUAUAUGACCGUUUCUGACAUAAAGCACACUCAGCCAUAGUUUGCUCCAGAAAUGGUAUCGCUGACCAUUUUUCUGCCUCUGGAUCUUAUUCAAACCUCCUGAAUUUUUACUCUUGAGCAGGACCGAGUGGGUUUUGGCACAUUAGUAUGCAUGCUCGAAGCGCAACAUGUCUUUGUGCAUGAGUGCUGGGCAGUCAUAACUGAUCUGGGGAAAAACAAGGGGAAACUCCCCCUCCGAAGACUUCUGAACAAUGACCGGACCCAGCUCCACAAGCAGCGGCUCAUCGGCCAAGACCAGCAGACACGGUCGGUCCAAGAGCACCAGUACCUACUGUCACACUAACGUUACCGGCCCGGCCGCUGAAUCCUCCUCACACACUGCCGCGAACAACACCGGUAGGUCGUCCGGUGAGGAAGACGAGAAAGACGGUGGGGUCCCGUUUUUCGUGAACAGGACGGGCUUUCCCAUAGACACCGUCACCUGGGAGAGAAUGUGGUCACACGUCACCAGAGUUCAUCCUGAUGGACAGGAGAUGGUGGAUAGAAUACGAAAUGCAACACACCUCCCUAAACACCCUGUGCCAUCGGUUCCAACUUUUAAGCCAUCGAUGUCUGUGCCUGAUUGGCUCCAUGCCGUCCAGAACUACAUGAGAAAUUUGCAAUACAACCAUACUGGAACGCAGUUCUUUGAGGUUAAGAAAACCAGACCUCUGAGUGGGUUGAUGGAGACCGCCAGAGAGAUGAUACGAGAAUCACUUCCCAUCAAAUGCCUUGAAGCAGUUAUCCUUGGAAUCUACCUAACCAACGGUCUGACCUCCGUGGAACGGUUCCCCAUCAGCUUUAAGACCCAGUUCUCCGGCCACCACUUCUAUCACGUGGUGCUGGGCGUUUACUGUAACGGUCGAUAUGGCACCCUGGGUAUGAGUCGACGUGCUGACCUUAUGGACAGAUCUCUGGGCUUCCGUACGCUCAGCGAGUUGGUGUUUGACUUUGAGGACUCGUACCGCCGCUACCAGCACACCAUGAAGAAGAUCAAAAUUGGCCUGUACGUGCCCCACAAUCCGCACGUUUUCCAGCCGAUUGAGUGGAACUAUCUGGUGAUCAACGCCUGCAAGCAGGGCCAUGAAGACAUGCGCAAAGAGCUGGAGAAGCAUGGCCGUGACAUGAGGAUGAAGAUCCUCAAGUCAUCCAGUGCUCAGUCUCCAAUCAAAGAACGAACCCGAGGCAAGUCUUUAUCACCGCGCCGCCGAGCAGGCAGCAGUCCCCAAAGACGCCAACAUGUCUACAGAAGAGACAAAUCGCCAGCAGCACUGGACAGAAAGCCAGCAGAGCUCAGCACCCUCAGUGAUGGCUACCAGAUCCGCAUCUAAGACAUUAAACGUACCAGCUUUAUCCUCCACACGUCCUCCCUCAGUCAGAUCCACAGAUGUUUUUAAACACUAUUUAAUGCACAUUGUGAACUGCACAGCAUAUUGAACAUAUUUAUAGUUGUACUUUCAUGUUAGAGGGAAAAUUUGGUGCCCUUCUUAAAGUCAAAAGUUAAAAAGCUAAAAGUUAAAGUUAAAAGCGAUUUUAAAAAAUGUUUUUAACAGAAUAUGAUGUUCCUUUUCCAGCCACGACAUUUUUUUUUAAAUAGUGGAAUGUUUAAUAGUGAAGGAUAUCAACUUUGCUUUAAAAUUGUUUUUACCCUAGUAAUUGUCAAGCACUUUAGAAGACAAAAAUAGUUGUGAACUGACUGAAAUAUUCAGGCAAAUAUGGAAAAUGUGGGGAAAAGGCUCUAUUUUUGGAAGAAUCUCCACAAGCGGUGAGAGCUGGAGUGUGAAUGGAUUGUGCUUGGCAGAGAGAUGUAAACCUCAGUGCCUCGUGCUGUGCUGCUGGUAGUUUUGGAGGCUGACUGGCCUGAAGGAGAGAGGACGUAUGCUUUUUUGCCAGAAGUGCAAGGACACAAAGGAUCUAAGCUUCAGAGAGCUACUCAUUCUACCCACAAGAACUGUAUUCAAUCCACUUUACUUUUUUUUUGUUACCUGCAUACAGUCCCAAACACUCCUGUGAAAUGCAAGGAAUGGACAUGAUUUAUUGACUAAGGUUUGACGUCACCUUACAUUGAAGGCUUUGUACUGGUUUUAUUUGAGAUUGAGCAUCUCUGUCCUGAAAGGACAUGGUGAUGGGGAAAAAAAAAACUUUAACUCUCCUGAGAAACAAAAGUUUUGUGAGGGAAUGCAAAAGCAAAUAUAAUUUUUUUAAUAUGAAGUGAAAGAGAAAACUAUAUUUCAAUGCUUUUGCCAGCGAACACAGUUUAUUGAGGGAAUGUGAUACUUUUGCUACAUUGAAAUGUAAUUUUUAGAAUAUGAAAGUUUCUUGGGGGGAGAGCAAUACUUUCACAAAAAUGAUCAACUGCUCAGUUUCUCAGCAAAAGAGAGUUUCUUGAGGGAAUGUAAAAGUUUAGCUGGAGAAUGCAAAAUCUUUAACAUGUACAUUUUACUCCCAUGUCAUAUUUCUAUUUUUUUCCAUCACUAUGUCUCUGUCCCCUAAGGACUUCAUAGGUUCUAGCUAUAUUAGAAGUGUAGAAGCAUACACAAAAUCGCAUCUCUUUAUCAACAGCAUAUCACUUUGAAUUUUCUCACCUCAUGAGAUUCAGCUAUGCGCAUGGAGAAGGUCUGCCAAUCCAUUCUUCUUGACAGGAGACCUAUCUUUAAAAUUGUAGCAGUGACAUUGUUACCAAUUCUUCGUGGGUUGUAUGAGCGGUUCCUCUCUGAACGAUGUUUAUUGGGUGCUAUUGACUAAACUACCACAUUAUAGCUAGCUCAUUCUGCCUUGUAAUUGGUACCAGCUUUCUAUCAAAAGCUCCUGAACCACACAAGUGCCAGACCAUUGAAUACGUCCAUAUCAUCUAUAGGCUGAAAGUUUCAUCCCAGUCACAUGAAGAUGAAAGGUCAUAUGAGUUUCAAUGACAUAUUUAAUGUACCAUCUUGAAUUGCUCAGACCCUUUCUGGGAGAGAAGGGGUCUGCUGCUGGAGAACACCACAUUGUUACCGAUUUAUAUCAUUUAUAACUUUUGUUUAACUAAUCAGAUGUGUGAAAUUGUGAGUGAAACUUUAUGGCAGACAAAAAAGUUUUGGUUUGAAAAUGGCUUUCUGGUUUUAAGGAAAUGCAGUGAUCUCUCCUCAAAGGUGCUAAGAUGAGACAUUUUACCCAUCAUUAUAAAAUUAAUUUAUUUUAGCACUGACUUUUUUAUGAUUAAAGAGCACAUAAAAUUUACAUCUCUGUAGCACAAUGAUUAGAAAGUGAGUUAAUCUCAGUUGCAAGAUACGUUUAAUGGUAUAGCAUUACCAAAAAACAAUUCAUAAAGUGAAAUGAAUAUUCAUGAGAUUAUAGAUGGAAGUUUGGUUUCCAUGUCUUAAAUGCAGGCUUGUCUGAAAAUACAAUCAAUUUUGAUGUAUGAUAAAUAAUCAAAAAUUUUAAAGGAAAUGUUUUUCUCAGUAAGAAUGUUAAAGAUGUGACUUUCUCAUUAUGAAAAUCUCAACCUUUCCUCAGUUUUCUGUUCAUAUUUUUCGUAUUAUAAAUGUAUUCACCUGAACAAGGACUUUACAAUAUUCAUUUAACCCUCAACUGUCUUACAAACAUUUUUCGUAAGCCUUACCUCAACUUGCACCAUCAGUCCUCUGUUCUGUUAUAAAUUUGUUUUUGGUUCACCUCAGUUCCCCUAUGAUGAAGCAUUAAUGUAAAUUGUUCAUUCCUCUGUAGCAUGGUUUAAUAAAAACUAUUGUUUUUCUGUAA